UGUGCCGUUCCGCUCUCCGUCUUCGAGUCAUGGCGGCCUCCAUACUGCCGUCAUGGCUCUACCUGCGAGCAGGGGCCGGAGCCCUGCGCGCUUUCUCCAGCGACGCCGCCGUUCGGAAACCAGGCCCGCGGGCACCAGGAAGAACUUCGAGACCUGACAGGCCUCUCAGGAGAAAGGCGCUGCCUCCGAGGACAGAGAAAAUGGCUGUUGACCAGGACUGGCCAAGCGUGUACCCUGUGGCAGCUCCAUUUAAGCCCUCGGUCGUCCCUCUUCCUAUUCGAAUGGGUUAUCCUGUAAAAAGGGGUGUGCCAAUGGCAAAGGAGGGAAAUCUGGAACUUUUAAAGGUCCCAAAUUUUCUUCAUCUGACGCCUGUGGCAAUUAAAAAGCACUGUAGUGUUCUUAAAGAGUUCUGCACCGAGUGGCCAGCUGCUCUGGACAGCACUGAAAAAUGUGAGAAGCAUUUUCCCAUUGAAAUCGAAACAGCAGACUAUGUUUCAUCAGGACCGUCCAUUCGGAACCCCAAAGCGCGUGUGGUCACCUUGAGGGUUAAACUUUCCAGUUUGAAUUUGGAUGAUCAUGCAAAGAAAAAAUUAAUCAAACUUGUCGGAGACCGGUACUGCAAGACCACAGAUUUGCUUACUAUCAGGGCAGACAGGUGUCCCUUAAAGAGACAGAAUAGUGAUUAUGCAAUGUAUUUACUAACAGUUCUGUACCACGAAUCUUGGAAAACGGAAGAAUGGGAGCAGAGUAAGACUGAGGCUGACAUGGAGGAGUACAUGUGGGAGAACAGCCCAUCUGAGAGAAGCAUUGUGGACACUCUCCUCCGGAUGAGGCCGACUGACAAGGGCCCGCACACCCGGGAAGAGCUCCUGGACUCCCCGGAAGUGGGCGAGUAUAGACGGUGUGUCGUCAGUCUGAAGAACCAGGGCGACAGUGAGCAGGCUCUCUUGCAGUACAAAGAAUCAGUGAAGAGACUCUUGAGUUUGACGUGACGUUUGCUGAGAAAUUGCUGUCAUCCACUUAAUAUAAAGUUGAAAUUAUUACUGAAGGGGCUUUGUUCUCUGUCACCGUUCAGACUCCAUUGUGUGCUGUGGCACCUCGCUGGUGGUUAUUACCAAAUCUAUAGCAGAUGCCAACUCAACAAGAAGAGGGGCCUGAGUGCCCCUGUGGCUCUUGCUCGAAGUUAAGUUCCACAGAGUGGUAGGUGCUCAUCUCUGAGUGCUCCAGGCAGAUGGGGAACAGCUGCUCCUUGGGUGGGGGCACUUAGCACUGUGGGACUCAGCAAGAGUCAAAGCCUGGACUCUGAGGAGAUCAGGGAGCACAUGAAUGUCCUGAGGUACGCCCUUCAUUGUGUCUGUAUCACCUAUGCCAUCAACAACUGAGCAAGUGACUGUGGUGAGGUCACAAUAAAGGAGUGGAUGCA